AUUCAAAAUGGCGGACAGAGGAUCAACGACUCAAGAUGAGCGCUCGACUGCAGAUUCCAGCGGCUGUCCUGCAGAUCUGAGUAAAAACACUAUGGAGAGCACAGCGCAAGCUCAAGCUAACGGUGUGGACGCGCACAAACCCGGUGUAGCGACAGGUGCGGUCGGAGGUGUGCAGACUCAGGCGCUGCUCCAACAGCUGAGCUUGACUCCUGCACAGCUGUUGCAGACGCAGCUCCUGGCCGCCGUGCAGCAGUCAGCAGGCCAGCAGAGCAGCACCACUGAAGCCAGUGCCCCCGCAGCCACGCCCAUCACCCUGUCACAGCCCAUUCAGAUCGCCUCUCAGCAGGGUCUGAAUCUGCCGCAGUUUGUGUUGGUGCAGCCGGGUCACUCCAUCAGUCCACAGAUUCAGCCGCAGUUCAUCCUGUCUCCGUCUGCUCAGGGUCCGACCGGUCUGCUGCAGCCGCAGAGUCUGCUGACGUCUCUACCUCAAAGCCAGACCACACAGACCAGCAUCGCCCUCACUACACAGGCGGCCACCCCGACGCGUAAGAUCGCCUCCAUGCCGGCUCCUGCUGCGCUGACACCGAAGCGUGCGGACGGAGUGUGUGUGGAGGAGGCCGGAGACCUGGAGGAGCUCGAGCAGUUCGCCAAAAACUUCAAGCAGAGACGCAUCAAACUGGGCUUCACACAGGGUGACGUGGGUCUGGCGAUGGGUAAGCUCUACGGGAAUGACUUCAGUCAGACCACCAUCUCCAGGUUCGAGGCUUUGAAUCUGAGCUUCAAGAACAUGUGCAAGCUGAAGCCGCUGCUGGAGAAAUGGCUGACCGACGCAGAGAACAUGUCGUCAGACUGUGUGGUGUCCAGCGCCAGUGAGAUGUCUCCAGGUGUCAGUGAGAGUCUGAACCGGCGGAGGAAGAAGAGAACCAGCAUCGAGACCAGCAUCAGAAUCGCUUUAGAGAGGAGUUUUCUGGAGCAGAGCCAGAAGCCGUCCUCAGAGGAGAUCACACUGAUUGCGGAUCAGCUUAGCAUGGAGAAGGAGGUUGUGCGUGUGUGGUUCUGCAACCGCCGGCAGAAGGAGAAGCGGAUCAAUCCACCCAGCAGCGGCGCAGGGUCUCCUGCAUCCGCCAUCAAGACCAUCUACAGCACACAGACUGCAGCGGUGUCCAGCGGCUCGAACACACUGACGGUGAAUCCUGUGGUUCCUCUGAGCUCCAGCAGCCUCUCGAACCUCACGCUCAGCGGUGGCGCUCUGGGGCAUGUGACCUCCAACACGCCCUCCGUCAUCUCCAUGGCACCUGCCAUCGCUACACCUGCACCCGCCGUGACCUCACAGACCCCGAGCUCCUCCGCCACCGCUGGUAAACAGGAACUACGGGCUGCCAUUUCCUCUGCUGCCACGCUUACACAGGGGGCGGGGCCGCUGAUCGUGACGGGUGCAGGACUGGGCGGAGCCAAUCUGACUGCAGUCGCUACGAGUUUAAACCCCACCAUCAUCACACCGUCACAGCUGACGCAAGGGGGGGCGCUGCUGAGCCUGACUCCUGCUCUGGGAAACACACUGAGUCCGGCGCUGAUGAACAAUAAUGCACUGGCCACCAUUCAGGCUCUUACAGGAGGUGCUUUUCCCCUGACGUCCAUUGACGGAAACACCAGCCUGCUAUUCGCCAACACCUGUGCAGCAAACCCUGCCCCCAGCCUGGUGACCACGCCCUUUUUCCUUAAUCCAUCCGGCCUCUCUUUGCUGCCGGCUAAUUUCCUGUCGGCGGGCGGGGCUGGAGGCGGAGCUCUCAACCUGCACCUGACCAGUGACGUGCAGCAGAAUCUUGUUGCCACGGCGACUAAGGGCGUGGCCCUGGCCUCGAAGGCUCAAUGAGCGAGUGCGGCUCCGCCCCAAUCAUGUUGCUGUUACCAAAAACACUGUGAGCGCAGGGCUGACGCCGCCGCCGCCGGGCAGGACUCUGCUCUCCAUCUCAGACUAACACCUGAAUUAACCAAAUACGAGACUCCUUUUCCACCGCCGCUGAUCUUUACCAGAGAAUAUUUGAGCUAACAGAGUUUAUAUUGACUUUCUACGAGGGUUUGUGUUUUUAUUAGCGGCUCUGAGACGGGCCGAGUGCAGAUUUAUAACCAAAAGUGUGUCAGAUGUUCAGCUGGAGGGUCUGCAGGAGGAGUGUGUGCUCCACGACACUUUAUAAAGACGGUUAGAAGCUUUACCUUACUGAGGAAUCAUGCGGCAGGACACACUACUGUCCCCACAACGCUUCCUCAUCUACACCUGUGUGUGUGUGUGUGUGUGUGUGUGUGUGUGUGAAUAUCCGCAGGUCUGUCCGCUGUCAGUGUCUGAUCUGUUCGUUUCUGUCAGGUUUUUCUCUCCUCACACUCAGCAUUAGUGUUCACUACUGUUUCUAAAGCCAAAGAUGUGUGUGUGUGUGUGUGUGUGUGUGUGUGUGUGUGUGCUGCUCUGCUGUUCUCCUCAAUCAUCUGUUCUGACACACACAAUGUUAAAGUGUGUAUAUA